UCGAUCAUCGGAUUGCAGUAGUCCUCUCGAGCGGCGAAGAAAGGAAAAGUGAGAUGAUGAGAGAUCAUCAUCUGGAGCUGUUGGAACGGCGACGCCGGAGAAGAUACCGCCAUCGGGACGAUGGCGGUGGUGGUAGCGGAGGCGAAGGUGGAUCAGCUGCACGAAGACGACGCCGGUGUUGGAAUGCUGCCAACGUUUUGGCGACGACGGCGCUGUCGAUUGUUGCGAUCAUCGUGAGCAACUGGGCCGGUGUGAAUUGUCAAGUAUGUGGACCUCCAGCGAUUCCGGCCAACGCACGAGUGCAGACACAACCGGCGGACGGCGGUGGUCCUGGUUUCCGGUCGGCCAAGUACGAGUGCGACUCCGGCUAUGAACUGUUCGGCCAGGAAACGGUCAAGUGCGACCCGGUCAAGGGCUGGGACAAGGAGCUGCCAUUUUGCGGAACCAACGUGGCGUACCGAAAGCCGGUGAACCAAUCAUCCGCAACGCGUUCCGGUCCGGCGGGGUUUGCCAACGAUGGCAAACCGGGCAAUCAGAACCCGGACGGGCAGGAGUGCUCGGAAACGCAGAAGGAAGCGUCGCCCUGGUGGCGAGUGGAUCUUCUGACGCCGGAAGCGGUGCGAAUUGUAAGGAUCACCACCAGAGGCUGCUGCGGGCAUCAACCUCUGCAGGAUCUGGAGAUACGGGUGGGCAACAGUAGUUCGGAUUUGCAGAGGAAUCCACUGUGUGCGUGGUAUCCCGGGACCAUGGACGAGGGGACGACCAAGAGUUUCACCUGUGCAAGGCCGUUGAUCGGUCAGUACGUGACGAUACAGCUGGUCGGGGUGGAGAGCAGUUUGAGCUUGUGCGAGGUGGAGGUGUUUUCGAACGAUGAGUUCUCGCCGGAUCGAUGCGCGGCGCCGAAUCUGAAUGCGGACACGAUCCUGACGACGUUUGCCAAGACGUGCUACGAGUUCCAUAUCACCAGGGGCGAGAGUUUUGAGAAGGCACGGCAGGUCUGCCAGUCUCACGGAGGUGAUCUAAUGCACGAUUUCCGGGGGGCCACCACGGAUUACAUCAUUUCCGAGUUGGAUCGGCGGAAGACGGACCUACGGACGCAGCUGGUGUGGAUCGGAGCGCAGAAAGAGCCCGGUAUUACGUCUCGCACCUGGAAAUGGGUGAACGGAGAUACGGUGCUGAAGCCGACCUGGGGUAAAGAUCAACCGAACAACUACAACGGAGAGCAGAACUGUGUCGUGUUGGAUGGAGGCCGUAACUGGCUGUGGAACGACGUAGGUUGCAAUCUCGACUAUCUGAACUUCAUCUGCCAGCACAGUCCACUGAGCUGCGGAUCGCCGGAAGCCCUCGUCAAUACCACCAUUGUGGGGAAGAACUUCACCAUCGGGUCGACCAUCAGCUACAACUGUCCGGUGGGGCACUCGUUAAUCGGAGACGCCCAGCGUCUCUGCCAGGACACGGGCGUCUGGAGUGGGCGACCUCCUACCUGUAAAUAUAUUGAUUGCGGUUCCCUCCCUGAAAUCGAACACGGUGGCAUCAUCUUGUCCGAGCAGCGCACCAGCUUCGGUGUCAAAGCCACCUACACCUGCCACGAAAACUACACCCUCAUCGGCAACGAGAACCGAACUUGUCAGGCGGAAGGAUGGUCCGGUUCCGAUCCGAAAUGUCUCGUCGACUGGUGUCCGGAACCUCCUCCGAUCCAAGGUGGCUCCAUCAAAGUGUCCGGGCGCCGAGCCGGUUCCACUGCCAUCUACGCCUGCGAUUACGGCUUCGUCCUCAUCGGUGAACCAGUCCUAUCCUGCGGUCUCGGUGGAAACUGGACCGGGAAAACACCCGUUUGCCGCUUCGUUGACUGCGGCAUGCCUGCCCGACCGGAUCGGGGCAACAUGCUCCUCGUCAAUGACUCCACCACCGUUGGAUCCAUGGUGCGGUACUUCUGUGACGAUGACUACUGGCUAGUCGGUCCGCAGGAACUCUUCUGCACCAAGGACGGCAAGUGGUCCGGAAAUGCACCUGCUUGUGAACUGAUCACCUGCGAAACGCCACACGUCCCGCCGGGAUCCUACGUCGUCGGGUACGACUACAACAUCCACUCAUCCAUCCAGUACCACUGCGAUCCGGGUCAUAUCCUUCGCGGGGACGACACCCUAACCUGUCUCGAGUCCGGCCAUUGGAGUGGUGAAGCGCCCGAUUGCGAGUACGUCGACUGUGGUCCACUCACUCCGAUUCCUUUCGGAUCGCACCGCUACCUACAGAACACGACCUACCUCGGAUCGGAAGUUCUAUACUCCUGUUCCAACUCCCAUCGAUUGAGCGGUAGCCCCAAGCGAAUCUGUUUGGACAGUGGCCUCUGGAGUGAAGCAGCACCACGGUGCGAGGAGAUCCGCUGCCCAGAACCGACGUUCGCUCCACACAGCAUUCUCAGUGUAACCGGAAACGAUCGAAUGUACGGGAGGACACUCAUCCGGACGUCGGAUGUGCCGGCCAACAGUGUGCAAACGUACAAGAUCGGUGCACUAGCCAAGUACCGAUGCGAGCGAGGUUACAAGAUUGUCGGAGAGCCGUUGAUAACCUGCGAAGAAAACGGACUCUGGAGCGGGCAGAUUCCGGAGUGUGUCUACGUCGACUGCGGAGCACCUCCGUCAACCAAGCAGGUACGGGUUACGCUUGCUACCAACGCCACCUACUACGGAGCGGCUGCACUGUACGAAUGCGAUGCCAAUUUCAAGCUGGAUGGAGUAUCGCGACGGUUGUGCAUGGAGGAUGGCAGCUGGAGUCACGAAACUCCGGCCUGCGUGGAGAUCACCUGUGACGAACCGAACAUGGCCGACAACCUGGUGGUAGAUCUCGGCAGCCGAAAGGUAGGAACCGCCGCCAAGUUCAGCUGCUCCAAGGGUAGGUAUAUGAUCGGCAACGGUACCCGGACGUGUCAGCUGACGGGAGUGUGGUCCGGUAGGAAUCCGGUGUGUAAAUUGAUCGACUGCGGCCGACCGGCGGAUAUCGAAAACGGAAGGGUGAUCGUAGUCAACGAAUCCACCGUGUACGGUGGAUCGGCUGAGUACCACUGCAUUCCACACUACAACCGGAUCGGGCCGUACCUGCGGAAGUGUAUGGACGACGGCAAGUGGAGCGGCGAGGAGCCUCGUUGCGAAUUGAUCGUCAACGAUGCCCAGGAGACGAACAGCCUUGGCACCGGCAUAGCCAUCGGCGCCGCCAUCAUCGUCAUCCUGUUGAUCCUGAUCGGAGUCCUCUUCCUGCAUCGGAACAAAGCCCGCCCGGUCAAGAACACGGAAAACGUCCAGGCAGCGGAACACAAGGACGAACAGAACGCGGCCGUCAUGUCCUACUCCUCGCUGGAGAACGGUCGCCACAACUUUGACCUACCGAACCGGGGCAACCUGCUCACGUUCAACACGUUCCAAGGUGGAGCCAAUGGAGGUGGCGGCUCGAACGGCCACCCACCACCACCCAGUAGACUUAAUAAUAACGGUAGCAUUAGUGUAAGCAAUAACAAUAGCAUUAGCAGUAGGCACAUGAACGGCGGGGGCGGGGGCGGGGGCGAGAACAUCUACGACCAGAUACCAAAUGAGCAGUUCUACGAUGCACCGUACGAGAUGCGAAGCAACGAAGAAGUGUACGAACCGGAACCCACCGCCAGGGGGAACGUCAUUACCAUCAACGGGGUUAGCGUGCGAUGAGCGAUCCGCCCUUUUACCUAUUAAUCGUAAUAUAGAUUUGGUUAUUUAGUUUGUAUACCCCCACACAACACAACAACCGAACAAUUGAGACUUAGGCCGUCUUUCAUCAAAGAACACUAAAGUGAAAAGACGGAAAUUUUUAAAACAAGAAAAAAUACUAAUUUAUUUAGGCCUUCCUGGUGCCCGUUUCGGACGCUGCUUUUUGUGUAAAUAUUUCCACCCUCUAGAAACGCUAUCUAAACCUAUACGAAAAUUUUAUCAAACGCGCGAACGAAACCGCCACAAAAUCGAUAGGAAUUGUAUAACAAAAAAUACUCUUGGAAAGAGCUUCUUAGUACUUUGUACAUAUUAAAAUGUAACAGUAAAAUUAAA